AUGCAGAUUCCAUUGCUUCGGCUACAGUGCGGCGUCAACAGCUACGAUUGGGGCAAGGUCGGCCAAGAGUCGGCAGCAGCCCGAUAUGCGGCCACGACGGCGGCCUCAGACUUUGCGAUCGAAGCUGAGAAGCCCUACGCAGAGCUGUGGAUGGGCACUCACCCCUCUCUGCCUUCUAAGGACGUGGAGACUCAGCGGACUCUUCUCGAUCUCGUCCAAGAUAACCAGGCUUUGAUGUCCACGAACAUCACUGAGCGCUAUGGAGGACGACUUCCCUUUCUCUUCAAGGUGCUCUCUAUACGCAAGGCCCUGAGCAUCCAAGCCCACCCCAACAAGAAGCUGGCCGAGCAGCUCCAUGCGCGAGACCCGCGCAACUAUCCUGAUGACAACCACAAGCCCGAGAUGACCAUUGCCAUUACACCCUUUGAGGGCCUUUGCGGUUUCCGCCCCUUGGCCGAGAUCACCCACUUCCUCCAGGCUAUCGAGCCUCUCCGCAAGCUCGUCGGCUCGCGGGCUGCUAGCGACUUUGAAGAGAUUGUCAAAGGCAACGAGAACUCGGACGAUGAGGCUAUUGUGCAGCGGAACAAAGAUGCCCUCCGCUCAUUGUUCACCGCGCUGAUGGAGUCUACACCUGAGAACAUUGAGAGCGCUUCCAAGGAGCUGGUCGCACUCGCGGAGAACUCGCCUGCCAGCUUUGGCACUCUGCCUGGCGAUGUUGCGACUAACCCUACGAACCCGGAUGAGCUGGCUUCCAUUACCCGCCGACUGGACGGACAGUUCCCCAACGACAUUGGGUCAUUCGUUUUCUUCUUCCUCAACUUCAUCAAGCUGUCCCCUGGUGAGGCCAUGUUCCUGAAGGCCGAUGAUAUCCACGCCUACGUCUCGGGAGAUAUCAUCGAGUGCAUGGCCUCUUCUGACAAUGUUGUCCGCGCUGGCUUCACGCCGAAGUUCAAGGACGUCGACACUCUGACCAAGAUGUUGACGUACUCGUACGCCCCAAUUGAGGAGCAGAAGCUCGCCCCCACCGAUUACCCUUACGCUAUCCUCAACGCAACCGCAUACUCGAGCGCCUCCUCGUGCAUGCUGUAUGAUCCCCCGAUUGAGGAGUUCAGUGUCGUCAAGACCGACCUGAACCGGACGCGCGCCAAGGUGACCUUUGACCCGAUAGAUGGUCCGAGCAUUUUGAUCUGCACCGGGGGUAAGGGCCGAAUCACCGUCGGUAACAAGACGGAAGAGGUCAAGGAGGGCUAUGUCUUCUUUGUGGGAGCUACUGCCGAGUGCGUCAUCGAGAACACUGGCAGUGGAGAGGGUGAUGACAAUGUGUUCACAACGUACAAGGCGUUUUGCGAGCUGACUGGUAAGGAGGAUAUGGUCAAUGGAUACUAG